CAUGACUAGAAAAAAGCUGAAGCUAGCUUUCAUUGAGAAGGAUACCGCAAGAAAAUUAGCAUACAAGAAUAGGAAGAAUAGUUUACUGAAGAAGGUUGAUGAACUAACAACCCUUUGCGAUAUCGAUGCUUGUGCUAUCAUUUUUGGCCCAUACGAUCCUCAACCUGAGAUCUGGCCAUCGUCGUCCGGGGUACAAGAUGUGCUUUCGAAAUUCCUGACAACGCCAGAGUUUGAUCAAAGAAAAAAGAUGGUGACUCAGGAGAGUUUUCUGAAACAAAGGGUUGAGAAGGCUGAAAAGCAACUUAGAAAGCAAUUGAGGGACAACAAAGAAAAUGAGACAACGAUGCUCAUGUUUCAAUGUCUCAAUGCUGGGGGGAUCGUGCCGAACGACAGUUCGGUGGCUGGUUUGAAUGAUCUUACAUGGAUGAUUGAUAAGAAUCUGAGGGAGAUUGGCAGAAGGAUAGAAUCAAUUGAUAGCAACAAUAAUAAUCAUCAAAAUCAAAAUGAAAAUCAAGUUGCCACCGCUCAAAGCCAAGAACAACUCCAGGUGGAUCCACCUCUGCCACUACUACCACCACCGCCACCGCCACCACCACCAACAGUGUCUGAUAUUGAUGAAGUUGAAAUGAUGAGUAGGUUGGGAUGGAUAUGAUUAAUAAUCAUCAUGUCUUCGAUGGUGUUUAUGGAAUUGAUGAUGACGAAUUUAGUCCAAAAUUUUAUUUAUAUGAUGAUAUGAUUUUUGUGUUUUUUUUUUAUGAA